AUGCAGGAGCGACAGGUAACAAUCGGCGGCACGACCUAUCCACUUGGCGAUCCGUUUCUCGUUCUGGCGACCCAAAAUCCGAUUGAGCAUGAAGGCACCUAUCCGCUACCCGAAGCGCAGGUGGAUAGAUUUAUGCUGAAGAUUAAGGUUAACUACCCUUCACAUGCAGAGGAAUUACAAAUUCUCCGGCGGAUGACGACCGAAGAGAUCUCCUCCAUUCAACCGGUGAUUUCCGCGGAAGAUAUUAUCCGAUUCCGAGAGGUGGUCCGAAGUAUCUAUAUGGCAGAGCAGUUGGAGAAUUAUAUUGUCGAUUUGGUGUGUGCGACGCGAGCACCGGAAGCGUAUCAGUUGGAUGAACUCAGCACGUUAAUUGAAUACGGUGCCUCACCGCGUGCGACCAUUUUUCUUGCGUUUGCUGCGAGGGCGCGAGCGUUCCUCUCUCAACGCGGUUACGUUACCCCUGAAGACAUCCACGCAGUCGGCAUGGAUGUCCUGAGACACCGAGUUAUCAUCAGUUACGAAGCGGAAGCGGACGGUCGCGAUGUCGAGAGCAUUGUCUCGCAGGUGUUCGCAAAGAUUGAAGUGCCUUAG